AUGGUGCGAUUCCACAAGGCCGUUGUUGGCCUUUUGCUUUCUUCCAGUGGCCUUGUGACUGCUGCCACGGAGCCAUGCGCCCAGGUCGCUGAGGAGCAGCGGAAGCAGAAGGCAGGAAACCCAAAUGCUACUAACUUCACCGUCUCGGCGGAGCUCGCUCACGCCUGUCUGACUUCAGUUCCGUUCAAAUCGAACGACUCACUGCAGUUGAUUGACGGCUUGAAGUAUUUCUGGGACUGGCAGACCACCAAGGACUUCCUGAAGAACCCACCACAGGGCUACGCCGUGCCUGGCACUGAUCUUGAGGGAGGAAUUGCAAAGAUUCGCCAAAAGGCAGCCAGCAAUGGAUACAAGAACGAAUUUGAAUUCCAGUUCGAGCUCGAUGCACUUGUGAGAACUGUACAUGAUGGUCACUUCAACCUCGCAAUGGACCUUAUUACCACUUUUGCCUUCACCCGUUCUGAUAUCGGCUCGCUCGUGUCUCUUUCUGAUGACGGAAAGAACCUGCCAAAGAUCUACUCUCUCAAUGACCUCCAGGGUCGAUCGAUGAACGCAUCGGCUCUCAAGACUAUUGACGGGCAAGAUGCCACCGAGUGGAUGAAGAAGUUCUCCUUCAGCGGGUUCUUCCAGGACCCUGAUGCUCUCUAUAACGGCAUGCUUUUUAACCUUCCCCUUACCAGGGUUAGUGGUACUGGUGGAUUCUUCACAAGCCGUGGUCUCUACACCGGUACCAAGAUGAGUGUUACCUUCGAAAACGGAACUACCAAGGAGUUUGGCCAUACCGCCACUUCUACUGCAGACUUCUCUGGUGUCAAGGAUGGCAAUACUUUUUACGAAAAGUUCUGUAGCGGCAAGCAACAGGCUACUGCUGCUUCUCUAACGGAUUACGAGCACACUGCUUUCCGAGACCACCGCUUCCUUACUGCCAACCCGAUAUCUUACCCGCCAUUCCCCUUGGCUCAGCGUACCGUUCCUCCAGUAACCCCACUCCGUGAAUCUAUGGAUGGUGCCGCUGCCGGCUACUUCCUCGAAGGCAAGGAUUCUAAGGUUGCUGUACUUAACCUCCGAUCCUUCGUUGGUGCUGCUGAAAAUAACGAUCCCUUGUGGGACUUCAGCUACACUGUCACCAAGUUCUUGGAAGACUGCAGAAAGGCCGGUAAGGAGAAGCUGAUUGUUGAUGUCAGCGGCAACAGGGGUGGUACUAUUUUCCUAGGCUACGAUACCUUCAAGCAGCUUAAAACACAGCUUCUCCCAACAGGAAGAAUUGAAACUCCUUUCAACCUCCGUGCCAUUGAGCAGUUCGACAUCAUUGGAACUAAGGUUAACUACCUCCUUAAGCACCCCCGCGAUCCAAAGGCCCCAGCUGCAGAGGAGAUGAGGGACGAUAUCUUUGAUACCAACUCCUAUGUUGACCCUAACGGUAGAAAAUACCGAUCCUGGGACUCCUACUUUGGCCCCGAGACCGUUGAGGCCGGGAACUUCAGCCGCCUUGCCAUCUGGGACUUCCAUAAUAUCCCCAUGUCCCUUAAGGCUGGCGGUCUGGUUGUCUCAGGCUACGGUAACCGCAGCCAUGUUGCCCCCCAGGCAUUCAGAAAGGAGAAUAUCGUCCUCGUUACCGAUGGUAUCUGUGCCUCCACCUGUGCUAUCUUCUCCGACCUAAUGAACCGCAAUGGUAUCAAGUCUAUUGCAGUCGGUGGACAGCCUCGCACAGGUCGUAUGCAGGCUGUUGGUGGUGUAAAGGGAACCCAGGUGCUUACCUUCCGUGAGCUCUGGAGCAUUGCUGAGUUGGUUAUCAAGAAGUAUUCCACCCCACGCGAGCAGCGCGAGUUGGAGAAGACCCAGCUCGGCCAGAUGUACAACAAGGGCAAGUAUGUGCUGUCCCGUCUGCUCAACAAUGGAGCCGGCGGCCGUGUCAAUUACCGCAACGCUGUCUUCACUGAUGACAGGAAGCGAGUGCCUCGGCAGUUUGUCUAUGAGCCUGCUCACUGCAGGAUGUUCUUAACCAAGGACGCCCUGCUUGACGUCAAGCGCUGGUGGGGAGCUGUUGCAAACUCCUGGUGGGGUGACAAGGGUCGAUGUAUCGAGGGAUCUACCUAG